AAAACAACAAACCAACAAACGUGUUAGCAACGCGUUCAGAACCAGACGCUGGUUUCGUCGAAGAAUCCGGAACGAAUCCUCCGAAAGCAAGCUCCGAAAAUGGCACAAGUUCCGGCCCGCAAUCCCAAGUACUCUGCGGCCGACCUGUGGCCACCGGGUUCGAAGGACCGGGACUUCCCGCCGGCGGCCUUCUUCCCCGUCUAUGUGGGCAACUUUCUGUGCCAACAGCGGACGGAGUUGGUUGCCCGUGUGCAGCAGUACUUCGCCUCGAAGGGCCUGCUCGCCCGGAUGGUGUUUGUGCGCAGUGCGCAGAACGAUCCGUUCCAGAGUUACCAGGACAAGACCAAGCUAUACGAUUGCUUGGUUUACCUGACCCGCGAGAAGGACGCGCAGGACGCCGUCAAGUACCUGCACCGCGACAAGUACUACGGCCAUCGGUUGAACGUUUUUCCGGGUCGUACCCCGGACAUUAUGGACCCAAACCAUAGUGUUGUGUACGCACUGUCGCAGAACAUGAUGCAACUGCCAACACGCCUCAUCGAGAAUCACAUCCUAAGCGCCACCGGAUUCAUGGCCAAGUCCACCAAAAGAUUCUCCACGAAUCAAUUGAUCGUUCAGUACGAGGGCCCCGUCCAGCAGGAGAAGGCCCUGCGCGAUUACCGGUACAUGUUCGCUCACCCACUGACCGUCGAGUUGAGCCAGCAGCAGGACUUCCUAGAGGAGGACGUAAUCGAUGAACUACGGGCUCGGAGUCAAAAGCAUUCGACCUUCCUGGCAAUGUGCCCCGAAAAGCACGUCUUGGAGGCUUUGUACGCCGGGACCAAGCCGGACGUGGGGCCCAUGGACUGGGUCGCGGACCCACUUGAUUUCGUACCGAAGAUCCACAAACCGCGCGAAAACGUUCUGUUCCAAAUUGCUGAAGGUACGUUGCGAAAAUUCGGCAUUACGUGCAGCUUUAUCAACAAGACAUCGAAAAUCCGCGACAAGGAGCGCAUGGCAAAGUUCAAGCGAAAUGCAGAAUCGAAUGGUAGCCAGCUGCGGAGCAAGUACCAAAAGGCAAUCGAGGAAAUGUUCCGUCACGGUAAUGCGAAAUUGCCGUGGCGGAUGACGGUCGGCAGGUGCAAUCAGGACUGAGAAUUGUUCUCUUGAAUAUGGACUCUCUGAAUCGGUUUUCAACACUUGAACUAAAAAUGAUUUAAAUAAAUGAAUUAUAAUUUUCCUCAAAAUUA